AUGUUGACCAUCUUGAAACCAUGGAGACAACUCACCGAUAUAACAUCCGCCCACGUAUCUGCUAAUGCCGCUUGGUACACUUUUGAAAAUGCAACGUCUGGGAAAUAUAAUUCGUUCUUGGAAAAUGUUCAAUAUUUCUAUCGAUGCUCUGACCAUUCGUCUGCUCGAAGAGCAAAAGAGUACAGCACCUACGAAGCAUUACCUGAUACAGGGGAAGCAUCCCAUGGUGAUGACGAUGACUCAUCCCAAACACCACAACAAAUCAGCAUGGACGACAUAGAGUGGACCGACGAAGAAAUACUCAAGUUGCAAGAUAAUGAGUCCGCCAGAGACCAGGAAUUUGGUCUUUCUGCAAUGGAGUGUGCAUACAAAGCAGGCAUAUUCCAGCAGGAAUAUGUCGUACAGGGACCAGUUAACUUGUGCAGCAGCGCGAAGCCCGCGGACAAAGCAGCGUUCAAAAUGUGGACAACCCUAUUGAAGCAACAAACACACCAAACGACGUCAUCCAUGGAAAUCGAUGGAGGUUCUGCAAACCCCAAUGCGGUUGUUGACUAUACACAUUCUCAGGGUGGAAUAGAAGCGAGGAACCAUGAUCUCCCUUCUCAACCUAGCUCUUCUCUAAGUCUUCAGGCUCAACGCCUCGAAACGUUCUUUGGUCCGCUCCUUGUCACCGGCGUUACUGCCGCUCCGACCUGGCUGCUACUUAGCUCCUCUCUCUAUACUCUCGAUCUCCGGGGACUAACGGCAUAA